AUGUCUCAACUCGGAAACAAGACAUACAUACCCCCUUCACUUUUCGAUGCCGAUCGUGGCUACUCAGAUCAGCGAGUUACUACCCUUCAUAUGGCUUGUGGCAAUGGUUUUGGGAACAUUGCAAAAGCCUCAAUUGAGCAUGGAGCAGAAAUUGAAUUAGAGGUCGAGGUAGGUGAUACUAACAACUUUAGAGUUGGACUUGAUGAGAGAAAGACGAUAUUCGCAUCCAAAUCAAAAAAAUCCAUUACAAAUGGCAGCGUAUACAGGAAACAUCGGUACGCUGGAGCUAAACUCAACCAUUCAAAUUGUUAUGUUACGGCCCUGUGUACUGCAUCGAAGUGCGACAGACUCGAAGUGAGAAUAUUGAAAAACUUGCCUGUAUUGAUGCAAUAUCGACAGCAGGCUUAA